AUGUCAAGAUCACAAGAAAGUUUAAAAAGUAAUGAAAAAAUAAUAGAUGACAAUUUUGAUAAUAAGAAUAAAUAUUUAGAUAAACAAAAAAAAAUAAUGAAACAAGAAUUAAAUAAAUUAAAAGAUACAGAGGAAUUAAUAUCAUUGUCAUUAUCAAGAGUGAAGGAUCAUCCCAAAGAUAAUCCAGAAUAUUUUGAAAGAAGAAAAAUAAUUGCACUUGAAAAUUAUAAGAAAAAACAGGCAAAAAAACAAAGAGUACGAUUAAAACAUUUAAUAACAAUUUAUCAUAAUAUAUCGAAUUUCAUAAAUUUAGAAAAUUUAGAUGAGAAAAUUGAAGAUAUUUUUGGUAGUGGUAACAAUAAUAAUAGUAAUGAAUAUGAUAAUGUUAGUAGUGCCAAUUUAAGGACACCAUUUACCACUACACUUGAAGAUAUGCAGAUGGAUUAUAUUGAAAGUGGAGGAGGAAUUAAUGCAAAUGAAGCUAGAAGAAGGAUUGAAUCAAUCAAAGAUGCAUUAUAUGGAACUUCUCAUGGUGGAAAAUAUCCUGGAUUAAAAAUGAUUGAGAAUUGGGCAAAAGAAAACAA